GACAAAUCUGCAAGGAAAAUAUUCAGGAAUUAGCAUGUUUUUCAGCGCAGCCUGAAGACUUUCAGGAAGCUUUGUGCCUGAUGCGGGCUGUGGUGAGCGCUGUGAUUCCGAUGGCCAGGCACCCUUGGCGUGGCGUAUCCUCUGCCUGUCCUGUGGAGGUCACUGCUGUCACCUGCUGAAAGUGGGAGCUGGUGUCACCUGCGCCUUGGGGCCCUUACGGUACGUUCUCAGAAGUGUGUAGGGUGAGAGAGUGAGGGGCUGCUGCUUGUUUGCUGCAUAGUUCAUACAUUUGAUAAUUAACUGCUUUAAGACCAAAGGGUUCUGUGAAAAGUUUGCUGCACUGCAUUGAAGUUGUCUAUGUAUAGGUUGGGUUUUUGUGUUGUUUGUGUUUGUUACUGAGGGGAUUUUUGUUUAUUGUUUGGGGGGUUUUGGCUUUCUUUUUUUUUUCUUAGAUUCAGUCUUAGUCUUGGUUAAUUUUAGUUCCAGAAGGAAAGAAGCUGGAACUCAUUAGCACACAGGAAAAGCCCUGACAGGAGGUUUUUGAUGUGUGUGUUUGCGUGAAAAUGCGAACUCUGCAGCUCCAUGAUGUAGUCAGGCCUGGGGACCUUUGGGAGCAACAUUUAAAAUGUUAAAGGCCGUUCUAAAAAAGAGCCGAGAGGGUGGCAAAGGGACCAAGAAAGACCCAGCAGGUGACUGCUGCCCAGAGAAUGCCUCGCAGGUUACAGCAACAUCUGGCCACAAUGCAGAUUUCCCCACUGGCGAGCAGCCAGGCUCCCAGGACACGUACAGAACGAACCUGGCCAAAGGAGUCUCAAUGUCACUGCCAUCCUCGCCUCUGCUGCCACGCCACUCCUAUCUGAUGCAGGCAAGAGCAAACAAGAAGUCUCCAGGUCCGGUCAGGAAGCCCAAGUAUGUGGAGAGCCCCAGGGUGCCGGGGGAGGCAGCCCUGGCCCUGCAGAGGAGGCCGGAGCCGGGGGAGCCCAGCACCAGUGCAAAGCCUGACAAAGACUCGAGCUGUUCUCCUGCAGCACAAGAAUUGAUGACGAGAUUGGGGUUUUUACUGGGGGAAGGGAUCCCAACUUCUGCUCACAUGGAAGAGAAAACUGACAUUAUGUGUGCGGUCGCCAGCCAAGGAGUGAGCCCCUGUUCCACCCUCACCAGCAGCACGACAUCGCCCAGCACCGACAGCCCCUGCUCCACCCUCAACAGCUGUGCGGGCAAAGCGGCGGCCGGCAAGGGCAGCCCCUGCGGCACCAUCAGCACCCCCAGCUCCACCCUGGAGAGCAAGGACAGUGGCAUUAUAGCCACUAUAACAAGUUCAUCAGAAAAUGAUGAUCGCAGUGGAUCCAGCUUAGAAUGGAGUAAAGAUGGGAGUCUCAGAGCUGGAAAACACCAAGGCAUUAGCCGUGAUCGAAGAACAGAUAAUUGUUCACCAGUUGCAGAAGAGGAAGCCAUUGGAUCUUCUGAGAGUUUGCCAAAAGAAGUACCCGCAGGAGAGGGUCCUCUUCCUUACGCUCAGAGUUCUGCCUCCUUAAUAAUGCCCCGUCCAAACUCUGUUGCAGCAACAAGUUCAACCAAAUUGGAAGAUUUGAGUUACUUGGAUGGACAAAGAAAUACUCCGUUACGAACUUCAAUUCGCUUACCUUGGCACAACACCGCUGGCGGAAGAGUGCAGCAGGAAGCUCGUUUCCUCCCCUAUAAGCCUCAGGACAUUUUGCUGAAGCCGCUGUUGUUUGAGGUGCCAAGCAUAACCACAGACUCAGUGUUUGUUGGAAGAGAAUGGCUGUUUCACACCAUAGAAGAAAAACUGCAGAAUCCUGACCCAGCAGAGAGCAGGGGAGCAGUCAUUACUGGAAGUGUGGGGUUUGGGAAGACUGCAGUCAUUUCACGGCUGGUGGCACUCAGCUGUCAUGGAAGUCGCAUGAGACAAAUUGCCUCCAACAGCCCAGGUUCAUCUCCUAAAACAGGUGGUGACUCCGGGCAGGAGAUUCCCUUAAGCCAGGUGCCCCUGUGUGCCCCUCUGUCAGGUGACACCGAUACAAUGAGGACUCUGGCUUGUCCUGGUACUCCUGAAUACAAAACUCCAGCAGGGGAUUCUGUGAGACGCCUCGCUUCCAAGGUCGUUGCUUAUCACUACUGCCAGGCUGAUAACACAUACACCUGCCUGGUGCCCGAGUUUGUGCACAGCGUGGCAGCCUUGCUUUGCCGCUCGCAUCAGUUAACAGCAUACAGAGACCUCCUCAUCAGGGAGCCUCACCUGCAGAGCAUGCUGAGCCUGAGGUCUUGUGUCCAGGACCCAGCAGCAGCUUUUAAAAGGGGAGUGUUGGAGCCACUUUCAAACCUCAGGAGAGAGCAGAAGAUUCCUGAGGAAGACUACAUAAUUUUGGUAGAUGGUUUAAAUGAUGCUGAAUUUCAUAAACCUGAUUAUGGUGACACAAUUUCUUCAUUUAUCACAAGUAUAAUCUAUAAGUUUCCUCCCUGGCUGAAGCUCAUUGUGACCAUAAGAACUAAUUUCCAGGAAGUGGUGAGUUCACUACCAUUUGUCUCCAUAUCCCUGGACAAUUUUCCAGACAACAAAGGAAUUCACAAUGAUUUGAAUGCUUAUAUUCAGUACAGAAUUAAUAACAGUCAGGAAAUUAUAAACAACAUAUCUUUAAAUGGAAAAGCUGAUGCAGCUACAAUUGGGAAAGUGAGUAACCACCUGAUCAUGAGAAGCCUGGGAUCUUAUCUCUAUUUGAAACUCACUCUGGAUCUUUUCCAAAAAGGUCAUUUAGUAAUCAAAAGUGCAAGCUACAAGGUUGUUCCUGUGUCUCUGUCAGAGCUGUACUUACUGCAGUGUAAUAUGAAGUUCAUGACAAACUCUGCUUUUGAGCGAGCUCAGCCCAUAUUGAAUGUGGCACUGGCAUCCCUGCAUCCCAUGACAGAUGACCAGAUUUUCCAGGCUAUUAAUGCAGGACAAAUAAACAGUGAACAGCAGUGGGAAGACUUCAGCCAGAGGAUGGAAGCCCUUUCGUGUUUUCUCAUCAAAAGACGUGACAAAACACGCAUGUUCUGCCAUCCUUCCUUCAGGGAAUGGCUUGUCUGGAGAGCAGAAGGUGAAAAUACUGACUUCUUAUGUGAGCCAAGGAAUGGACAUGCUCUACUGGCAUUCAUGUUUUCUCGGCAGGAGGGAAAGUUAAACCGCCAACAAACAAUGGAACUUGGCCAUCAUAUACUUAAAGCUCAUAUUUUCAAGGGGCUCAGUAAAAGGACUGGAAUUUCUUCCAGUCAUCUCCAAGCCUUGUGGAUUGGUUAUAGUACUGAUGGACUGUCUACAGCCCUGGCUUCCCUGAGAAACAUCUACACACCCAACGUGAAGGUGAGUCGGCUGCUGAUUUUGGCAGGAGCAAAUGUAAAUUACAGGACUGAAGUCCUGAAUAAUGCCCCAGUGCUGUGCGUUCAGUCGCACCUUGGGCACGAAGAAGUGGUCACUCUUUUACUCGAGUUUGGGGCUGCUGUUGAUGGAACUGCAGAAAACGGGAUGACAGCCCUUAGUUACGCAGCCGCUGCAGGUCACAUGAACAUCGUGUCACUGCUGUGCAGAAAAGGUGCAAAGGUUGACCUUGCAGACAAGAAGGGCCAGUGUGCUUUGGUCCAUAGCGCACUGAGGGGACACUGCGGGAUCCUGGAGUUCUUGCUCAGCCUGGUUUGGGUGCCUCCCUCCCGAGAACAGGAUUCCCUGAGGAAGCACCAGGCACUGCAACAAGCUCUCACUGCAGCUGCCAGCAUGGGACACUGCCAGGUGGUUCAUUACCUCUUGACACUUGAAAAACACCAUGACAUGGACAUCAAUGACACUGAUGCCUUGUGGGGAGAAACAGCACUGACAGCUGCUGCAGGAAGAGGGAAGCUGGAGGUGUGCAAGUUACUCCUGGGGCACGGAGCGGCCGUGAGCAGAGCCAGCAGGAGAGGCGCUCCCCCGCUCCUCUGCGCCGUCCGGCACGGCCACUGGCAGAUUGCUAAACUGCUAGUGGAGCAUGGGGCUGAUGUGAAUUUAAGUGACAAGCAAGGCCGGACACCAUUGAUGGUGGCUUCCUGUGAAGGACAUCUGAGCACUGUGGAAUUUCUCCUUUCUGAAGGUGCAACUGUUUCGUCUCUGGACAAGGAAGGACUGACAGCUCUGAGCUGGGCAUGUCUGAAAGGCCACAAGGAAGUGGUUCAGUAUUUAGUAGAGAAAGGUGCAGCAACUGAUCAGACAGACAAAAAUGGACGAACACCCCUAGACUUGGCAGCUUUUUAUGGGGAUGCUGAUAUUGUGCAGUAUUUGGUGGAGAAAGGAGCCAUGAUCGAGCACGUGGACCACAGUGGCAUGAGGCCGCUGGACAGAGCCAUCGGCUGCCGCAAUACCUCCGUGGUGGUCAUGCUGCUGAGAAAGGGAGCUAAGCUGGGAAAUGCAGCAUGGGCAAUGGCCACCUCCAAACCCGAUAUUCUCCUGAUUCUUCUGCAGAAACUGAUGGAAGAAGGAAAUACGCUGUAUAAAAAAGGCAAGAUGAGAGAAGCAGCACAACGCUAUCAGUACGCAUUAAGGAAGUUCCCGAGGGAAGGGUUUGGUGAGGAAAUGAAAGCCUUCACUGAGCUGAGAGUUUCAUUAUACCUGAACUUGUCACGAUGUCGCCGCAAAACAAACGAUUUUGGAAUGGCUGAAGAGUUUGCUACCAAAGCCUUGGAUCUGAAGCCCAAGUGUUAUGAAGCCUAUUACGCCAGAGCAAGAGCCAAGAGAAACAGCAGAAAGCUGCUUGCUGCUCUCGCUGACCUACGGGAAGCCACUCAGCUGUGCCCCAGCAAUCAGGAGAUAAAACGUCUCCUGGCUCGGGUGGAAGAGGAGUGCAGACAGUUCCAGAGAACACAGCAACAGAAGCAUCAGUCUCCACAGCUACCUGAACAAACCAACAACUCUGAUAAUGAGGAGGAGGACAUUGUACCAGGUGUGAAUGAUAAUUCUAAUCUUCAAGAGAGGGAAGAUGAGCUGCCACACCCCAAUGAAUCUCUUUCCCCUCCACAAAGGCUUCAGUGUUCCUCAGCUGCUUCAUCAUUUAGCAGGACCCUUCAAGAAGGUGUUCAGAAAGCUCAAUCUGUGUCCCCUCAAAGCAGAACAAGCAACAAGUAUUUGAGAGAGCCAGGCUUGAUCAUGCAGCCAACAAAGCAGGCACAGAUUGUAAAAACUAAUCAGCAUCUGAGCUCCAUGCAGCCUGGAUCUAAACCAGGAAGCAGUCAAUGCAGCACCAAGACACAAUUGUCUUUGCAGCAUCUUCCCCACAGUCCCUUGCCCAUCCGGCACUCUAGAAAUCAGCAUGUGGAUGGGACAAGCACAUUGUCAACUGGAAGUAUUUCCGCAGAUCCCACUGAUGAACUGCACCAGAAGUUUGUGUCCAGCCACUGCUCACAUCCACAGCAUCAUGAGACUCUCUCUUCUUGUUCUUUUGCUAGUAAAACUAAACCCGGUGACACAUCAGCAGCCUCUGCUCCAAUGAAUUUCAGUGACUCAAGGCAGCAAAGCCCUGUACCCUGUGGUGCCUCUUCUGGUUCUCCAUGCAGCAGUGUAAUUCCUGCUGGCUCCUCAAGCAGUUUCACUUCAGCCAGCAGUUUGUCAGGCAGCGUGAAGGGGCUGGGCCCCGAUGUUCGACUCAAGGAGACCAACGCUAAUCACGCUCAGGGGCCUGAGCUCCGACCUCGCACAACCCCGUUCAUGGGAAUCAUGGACAAGACUGCAAGGUCCCAGCAGCAAAGCACACAAUCCAGUCGCACUUGGCACUCCCAGGCCGCAGAUGGAUUAUCCACAAACAUUGCUUCUGCAGGCAUUCUGCCCUCCAGCUUGGAGAAGUUCUCAGUUAAACACUACUCAGCUAAAGGAUCCUCUACAGCUGCUGCCCCGGGAGAGGACAGCCAGAGCAGCAUGGAAGCUAAGGAACGUGAAGAGCUCACGUGCCAAAUCCCCCUGCACUGUACAGACAGCAGCUCACCCAGCCAAGGUUCUCUUUUGUACCCCGAUGCUGUAGCCCAGCUUCCAUCCCACAGCACUCAGGACGGCCACCUCAGUCACGUCCCCACGGCAAAACCAAAGCGAUCGUUCAUUGAAUCGAACGUGUGAACACUGUUGUGUGCAGUGACAGGGCAGGCCUGGCUCACAGCAUCGCACGCUCUGACUGCUCCGCACAGCGCUGCCGGCCUGGGCACGGCUGGGGCCCAGGGAGCAGUCUUCAAUGGGAUACAACCACUUCCAACUGUUCCUACCGUCACAGGGCAGUGACAGUAACUGGAAUAACAAACAUAGGUAGAAAGACUCAAUUAGGUUUGCCUAGGAGCUUCAGCAGAGAAAUCCUUUCCAUUACAUGUUACCAUUAAAUAAGCGUUUCCUUUCACAUAGCUUCAGUCUUGGUUUGUGGUUCUGUUGCAUCUCACACGUAGUACUCAUGGCUCUCAAAUGCUUACGUGCCAAUGUCUCUCAGCAGUGCUAAGGGAGAUAAUCUGCUGCAGAAUACUCAGAUCUGAACAUGCAUGCAUUUUUUAAAGUCAAAUUAUUUUAUCUUUUUUUUAGUGGGAUCUAAUUUGGGUUGCAUGAUGUACAUUUAGGAAGCAUAAAUAAUUUGUGUAUGAGUAAACUAUAAGCAGCCAGGCUUAGACAUGUAAAUAUAACUUUUUAGUAAAUAGAAGAAAUUAAAUAAAAUGAGUAAUAUUUGCAUGUGUAUUGAGAGGCUUUGACCAUAUUGGUUAUUGCACUGAAGAACACAAUAUUAUGGCCUAUUAACAAUAAUCGCACUUUAUAUAGGGUAUCUAAUCACCUUUGGGUGCUAUCUUAAAGCAGAAUGAUCUAUUGUUUAUUUGUGAAAAGGUACAACAACUAAAUGCUUAAUAAAUGUUUUUAUGGGAAACCCAAGAAAGGGAGGGAGUGAAUGUGAAAGUUUGAGGAAAAGCGUAUGUGCAGUUGCAUGACAGGAUGGAGAAGUUGGUUUUUUGAGGAAAUGAGGGGUUUUUUAUUGGCAAGAACAUUCUGAAAAUGAACUGCUGCAGUGACAUUCCUGUGAGUUGAAUUCAGGUGAGUGCUCAGCUUUAUACUCUUCCCAUCAUGCUUUACAGUGUUCUGUGUACAUUGUAAACAGCUGUACCCAACUCUACACAUCCUUUUGCAGUUUGCAUCUUUACACUUUAGCUUAUUUAUUGUUUACUGUUUGAUAUUUUGUACAAGUCCUAUAUUAGUCUUGUCCUGUAGUUCUAUUUUUGCACAGCUACUGUACUCUUUCCAUACAAAAUAAAGAUUAUUAAUAUA